UGGCACCCCGAGACCAGCUGACGGCCGGCGGAGCGCGCGGACACCAUUGGCCCGGGCCGGGGAGGCGCCGGAGCGGGGCGAUGCGCUGAGGGGGGGCCGCGUCCCCCCGGCCAGGGCCCCCCGCACCCCCGAUCUCCGGCCGGGUGAGCGGGCGCUGCAAUUCCGGGCGGGGAGGCGCUGGCCGCUGCAAAGCCGGGUGGGGGAUAGAAAGGGGGGGUGACCCCCGCCGGCCCCCCGCCCCCCGGUGCCGCAGAGGAGGAUGCGCGGGGGGGCCCGGAGAGAGGAGCCGGCCGCUCCCUGCGGCGAUGGGGCUGCGGGCUUGACAGAGGCGAGCUGAGAAGGGAGCGGGGCUCGCCGGGGGGUGCCCCCUCCGCCCGCCCUCCCGCCGUGGGGUGCCCCCUUCCGCCCGCCCUCCAACCGUGGGGUGCCCCCCUCCGCCCGCCCUCCCACCGUGGGGUGCCCCCUUCCGCCCGCCCUCCAACCGUGGGGUGCCCGCUGCCCCCGCCCUCCCGCCGUGGGGUGCCCCCCUCCGCCCGCCGUGGGGUGCCCACUCUGCCCGCCGUGGGGUGCCCACUCUGCCCGCCGCGGGGUGGUGCUGGGCGGGCUGCCAGCCCGCGGGGCGCGCAGAGAGCCAGCGAGCUGGGGCCAGGCGUGGGUGCACCUUGCUGGGGCGCCAGCCGGGAGCAGGUGAGGCGGACGCUCUGCCAGCCGCUGGGUGGCAGGAAGUCGGUGUGUCCCAGCUGGGUCUGGCCCGUGCCCGCCAGCCUGGGCCCCUGAGCCGGUGACAUACGGGUGAGCGGCGCUGGCCCGUCCUGCCACCUCGCCGGCUGGAGCCCUCGUGCCCUGACCCCCCAGCGCCGGGUCACCCACCGCCCGCGGGCUGCUGGGUGCCUCCAGCCUCACGGAGCCGGACCCAAGCCGGGGAGAGCCGAGGCUCCGAGCCGGUCCCUGGUGUAGCCCGGGCCCUCGCUCUCUGUCCGCGCGGGCGGGUCCUCUAUUUAUCUGUCCUCGAAGAAAGAAUAAAGCCUCCUUUCUUCUGAGCGAGUCCGCGGCCGACGCUCAGCACCGUGGCCAGGCGGAGCCGGCGCCCAGAGAUGCAAAGGCCGGACGCGCCGGCCCCUCGCUUCAGAGGGAAGCGGCGCCAUUGAGAGGUGCCGGGGUCCCCAGCCAGGCUCCCGGGGGGUCGGCAUCGCCGGCCGGGGGAAGGCCCACGCUCUCAGCUGCGCCGUUGUGGUGCGGGGGUUAGUCCGUAGCGCCACCCACCCACCUGCGGCCCCUGCCCGCCGGGCUGCAGCCGAGGGGCGACGGGCUGGGAGCUCUGGAUGUUGCUGCGGAGCUGGGAGCGCGCACCGGGGGCCAGUCCCGGGGCCGGCAAAGGCGGGCGGCUGCCCCAGCGCGGAGCCAGGAAGCAUGUCCCAGCGGCCGUCGGCGGUCUAGGCCGGCCGUCCCCGUGGAGGGCCCAGCAUGGAGGCUGGGCACAAGGCGCUGCCGGGCGAGGAGGCCGGGGAUGGGGCAGAGGACAGCGGCGGGGUCUGGAGCCACAAACCCCGUCCCUUCUGGACGGCCGUAUUCGACUACGAGGCAGCGGCGGAGGAGGAGCUGACGCUGCGGCGCGGCGACCUGGUGGAGGUGCUCUCUCAGGACUCCACCGUGUCGGGAGACGAGGGCUGGUGGACGGGGAAAAUCGAGGACAAGGUGGGCGUCUUCCCCUGUGACUACGUGGCCAGCGGCCCCCCGCGCGGGCCCUACCCUCUGCCGCUGGAGAUCUCCUUCCAGGAGCUGCUGCUGGACGAGAUCAUCGGGGUGGGGGGCUUCGGGAAGGUCUACAAGGGCGCCUGGCGGGGGGAGGAGGUGGCGGUGAAGGCGGCGCGCCAGGACCCCGACGAGGACAUCGGCGCCACGGCCGAGAGCGUCCGGCAGGAGGCCCGGCUGUUCUGCAUGUUGCACCACCCCAACAUCGUUGCCCUGAAAGCCGUGUGCCUCCAGCCCCCCAACCUGUGCCUGGUGAUGGAGUACGCCCGGGGCGGCCCCCUCAGCCGAGCCCUGGCCGGCAGGAAGGUGCCGCCGGACGUGCUGGUGAACUGGGCCGUGCAGAUCGCCCGCGGCAUGAAUUACCUGCACAACGAGGCCGUGGUGCCCAUCAUCCACCGCGACCUGAAAUCCAUCAACAUCCUGAUCCUGGAGAAGAUGGAGGACGGGGAGCUGGGCGGCCGCACGCUGAAGAUCACGGACUUCGGGCUGGCCCGCGAGUGGCACCGGACGACCAAGAUGAGCGCGGCCGGCACCUACGCCUGGAUGGCGCCAGAGGUCAUCCGGCUCUCGCGCUUCUCCAAGAGCAGCGACGUCUGGAGUUUUGGGGUGCUGCUGUGGGAACUGCUGACCGGGGAGGUGCCGUACCGGGAGAUCGACGCGCUGGCCGUGGCCUACGGCGUGGCCAUGAACAAGUUGACGCUGCCCAUUCCCUCCACCUGCCCCGAGCCCUUCGCCCGCCUGCUGGCAGAGUGCUGGGACCCCGACCCCCACGCCCGGCCACCCUUCGGGAGCAUCCUGGGGCGGCUGGUGGCCAUCGAGCACUCGGCCAUGUUCUCCAUGGCCCUCGACGUCUUCCACUCGCUGCAGGACGACUGGAAGCUGGAAAUCCAGCACAUGUUCAGUGAACUGCGCACCAAGGAAAAGGAGCUGCGGAGCCGGGAGGAGGAGCUGCUGCGGGCGGCCCAGGAGCAGAAGACGCAGGAGGAGGAGCUGCGGCGGCGCGAGCAGGAGCUGGCCGCCCGCGAGAUCGACAUCGUGCAGCGCGAGCUGCACCUGCUCAUGGACCAGCUGCACCGGGAGCGGCCCCGGGUCAAGGGGCGCAAGGGCCACUUCAGACGCAGCCGCCUCAAGCUGCGGGACGGGAACCGCAUCAGCCUGCCCUCAGGCUUCCAACACAAGAUCACGGUGCAGGCGUCGCCCACCCUGGACAAGCGGAAAGGCACCGGUGCCAACGGAGCCAGCCCCCCUGCGAGCCCCAUCAUCAUCCCCCGCCUGCGGGCCAUCCGCCUCACGCCCGUGGACGGCAGCCAGACGUGGGGCCGCAGCGCGGGGCUGAAGAAGGAGGAGCUGGGGGGCAACAAGAAGAAGGGGCGCACGUGGGGGCCCAGCUCCACGCUGCAGAAGGAGCGGCUCGGUGGGGAGGAGCGGCUGAAGGCUCUGGGCGAGGGCAGCAAGCAGUGGUCGUCCAGCGCCCCCAACCUGGGCAAGUCCCCGAAACGUGCCCCCAUGGCAGGGGGCUUCGCCAGCCUGACGGAGAUGGAGGAGUACGCGGAGGCGGAGGGCAGCACCCCCCACUCCCCCUACCCGCCCCUCCCCCUGCCGGGGGGCGAGGACCGAGCCCCCGGGCCCGCGGACGAGCUGCCCCCCGGCGCCGAGGGCCUGCACCGGGCCGGGCCCCACAGGCGCAGCGAGUGGGCACUGCUGGGCUGCGCCUCCGUCCUGGCCUCCGUGGGGCUGGGCAGCGACCUGCUGGAGCUGGGCCGGGAGGAGGCGGGGGGCCCGUUCCCGCGGGGGGGCCGCUCCCGGCGGGGCGAGGGGCCCCCCAGCUCCCUCACGCUGCUCUCGCUCUCCUCCCUCUGCGAGUGCAACUCCACCAAGUCCCUGCUGCCCGCGGACGAGGAGCCGCCCCGCCCGGCCCCCCGCCCCCCGGGGCCCCCCCCCGGCACCCCCCCCGCCCACAACCCCCUGCUGGACCUCCGGGCCGAGAGCUUCAAGAGGGGCCCGCGCCAGUCGCUGACGCCCACCCACGUGACGGCCGCCCAGGUGGUGACCCGCGGGCACCGGCGCACGCCCUCGGACGGGGCCCUGCGCCAGGCCGCGCUCAGCCAGCAGGGGGCGCCCAUGGCCGGCUCCCAGGAGAUCCUGGACCCCCCCACGCUCUUCCCACCCCCGGCGCGGCGCAGGCCCCCUGAGAAGGACCCGGCUGUGGAGCGCCCCAAGACCCUGGAGUUCGCGCCCCGGCCCCGCCCCUCGCCCUCCCGCUCCCGCCUCGACCCCUGGAAGCUCGUCUCCUUCGGAAGGACUCACCGCGCGUCCCCGGGCAGCGGGUGCGAGACGCAGGGGGAGCUGGGCGGAGGCGGGGGGGAUCCACCGGGCCCCGCCAGUGCCCGCCAGACGCUGCUGGACAUAGACAUGGAGGGUCAGAGCAAGGACAGCACGGUGCCCCUCUGUGGGGGGGCACCGCACUCCGGCAGCCUGGACCCCGACAUGUCCCACUGACCUGGCACUGCGCCCCCCCAGAGACCAGGGAACCACCCAUGAAUGUACACCCCCCCAGCCGGUGUGGGGCACCAGACCUACCUGGGGGCAGGGGGGGCCUCUUGGAUGGACCAGCCUCUUUGCUGUGCGCCUGCACCACCAUCCCCCACUCUGCUGCUGACCCCAUUCCCCACCCUCAGCGGGCUGAGAUCCCACCGCACCCACCAACCGCUCCAAAGGUUCUGCUGUGGGAGAAGCUGCUGCCCCAGAGAAGCAGGGCUGAGAAGGGAAUUGUGGGGGAGGGGAGCAUGUGUAUUUAUUGAUGGGGGGUUAAGAACCCCCACCCCUAUUUAAAUUCCAUGUGGUGUUUGUAAAAAAAAGAAAGACCCUUUCUGAGCCAGCAGGGGGUGCUUGUCCCCCGUGAACUUAUUCAUUAACUUGCGGCCUUCAGGCCUCAUUUCCAGCCCAAGGUGUCGUGCGUGCAGCUGAGCCCCCCAGUGCUUACAGGGACCCCCUCACCUGGCACCAAGAUGCAGCCACCUCUGGGGUGGGACUUGAGAGCUGUUUAUCCGGGGACCCCCUCACCUGGUGUUGAGAUGCAGCCAUCUCUGGGGUAGGGCAUGGGGACUGUUCAGAUGGCGACCCCUCUCGCUGGGCUCCUCCGGCGUUCGUCAGUCCCAUUCUCCCCUUCUUUACCUGCUGGCCUCCAGCCCCUCCCUGAACAGGGAACGGAACCCAGGAGUCUGGUGACGCCGGCCGGGGGGCGGCCGGGGGGCGGAGGGAGGUUAUGGCCCCCUCAGCUUUGCACCCGGUGUUCAGAGGCUGGUUUGCGCCCAGGUUUCUGCUCGCUGCCCAGGGCGCAGCCGGCUCGGCAGGGCAAGGCAGGGGACGGAGUGAGGCUGCCCAGGGUUUGACGACGUUCCCCCAGAGGGGCCGGGUGGGACGCAGGACACCUGGGUUCGGUGCCCGGUGCUGCCCCUGCACAUCCUGUGCCAGCCCCCGCGCCCAGGGGCUGAGCCACGGCC